AUGGAUGACCGAAGGGACCUGGUGGGAGGUCGAUACUAUGGGCCGCCACCUCCUGAGAUAGCUGUAGCACCACCGCCCAAACCCCGCCGCAAGAUCAGGCAUCAGUCGCCUCAGGAAACAGUGCGCCAAUUUUGGGACAAGCUCAACACGAAAUAUCCCGGGAAAGUCUUCACAGUACUUCCUGACAACCCGUACGCUCGCAAAAAGGCUGCUAGGCGGCCCCGCGGUGUGGUGUCGGGCCAACGGGCUGCAAAGUCGUACGAGGAGGCGCGUAGGGAGUGUGAGCGCGACGUCGACCGCAUCAUAAGAGAAUGUAGACGGCUGAACCAAAAGUAUCGCGAUCCCCACUUCGACAUCGAAUGGGAUUUGAAGUCUGGGCAGCGCAACUGUCUCGAUGGUCUGAGCAAUCCUGGAGACUCAAUGAAACCAAAGGGUGUCAAACGAGUCACUGAUAUCUUCGAGAAUCCGCAGUUCUACAUCAAUGGUCCGACAGCAGGUGAUGUUCGCCAGGGCCGAGAUGGAGAUUGUUACCUCAUGGCGGCGCUCUGCGGCCUGGGUAACAUGAAGGGCUUGAUUGACAAAAUCUGUGUGAAGCAUGACAUGCAGGUCGGCGUGUAUGGAUUUGUGUUCUUCCGAGAUGGUGAAUGGCAACACACCAUUGUCGAUGACAAACUGUACCUCCGCGCUCCAGAUUACGACGAAGCUCGCGAGGAGCGAGACGUUUGGGACGAUAUCAAUCGAGUCGACUCUGCCGAAGAGUACCGGAAAGCCCAUCAGACGGGUUCACGCGCAUUGUACUUCGCGCAAUGCAGCGACGAGAACGAGACUUGGCUUCCCUUGCUUGAGAAGGCUUACGCCAAAGCGCACGGCGAUUUUGCAAGCAUUGACGGCGGUUUCACCGGAGAGGCCAUCGAGGAUCUCACCGGGGGUGUGACAACUGAGGUGUACAGUACGGAUAUCCUUGACCGUGAGGCUUUCUGGAGAGAUGAGCUCAUGCAGGUCGGUAAACAAUUCCUCUUUGGUUGCGCAACCGGAUUUUACUCGAACUGGCUAGAUACGAGUGUGGUGUCUCGCGAACGGGAGGGCAUCUCGGAAGGACAUGCAUACUCGAUUAUGGAUGCCCGGGAAGUGAAGGGGGAGCGACUCCUCAAGCUGCGUAACCCGUGGGGCAAGAAAGAAUGGACCGGAAAAUGGAGUGACGGGUCUGCCGAAUGGAAUGCGGAAUGGAUGGAGCUUCUCGACCACAAAUUUGGUAACGACGGGGUAUUUUGGAUCAGCUAUGAUGACUUGCUCAAGAAAUAUCAGCAUUUCGACCGGACACGGAUAUUCGGGCCUGGCUGGAAUGUCACGCAGUGCUGGACGAGUGUCAACGUCAGUUGGAGCUCCGAGUAUCACAGCACCAGGUUCAGCCUGACCCUUGAGGAGAAUGCACCGGUCGUGAUUGUUCUCGCACAGCUGGACGAUACUUAUUUCGGGGGCUUAGAAGGCGGCUAUGGAUUUGACCUGCAGUUCCGGUUAGAAUCAGACGACAAGGAAGACGACAAUGACUACAUCGUGAGAAGCAACGGUAACUAUGCAAUGGCAAGAUCGGUCAGUACGGACAUCGAAUUGGAGAAAGGGACGUAUUCAGUGCUCAUGCGGAUCACCGCGACGAGGAACACAGACAAGGACCAUCUAGAAGACGUGUUGCCCGUCUAUGCAGCAACGAGGAGGGAAAAACUGAUUCAGAUGGGGCUGUCGUAUGAUUUGGCACAUGCUAAGGGUGUGUAUGUUGAGAGUGAGUCUGAAAAGGCAGAAAGAAAGAGGCGAGAGAAGGCGCAAAGAGUGAAGGACAGAGAAAAGCUCAAGCAGAAGAUGAAAAAACAAGCAGAGAAAGACUGGAAAAGGCAGAAGGAGCGCCACAGGAGAGACAAGGAGAUGCUAGAGAGAGACAGACGAAGGAAAGCGAGGAAGCAAAAUGUCAACGGCGCCAUGGAACAGCCGGAAGGACCAGUUGGCGAAAACAUCGAGGAUGGCCAGAUCGCCGAACAAUUCAUCGUCGUCAAUGAACAGAAGUCUGAACACCAACAGAAGGACAGCAAUGCGGCAGUUGAAGAAACUGGACCUAAACAUGCUGAGGUUAUUGCGAUUGGUGAAGGCACCAGAGUGGGGAGAAAAGCUGACAAAACAGACGAGAUCCUGGAGCCCAUCAGUGGCCUCGAGACAAUCCGGGAAAAGGAAGAUGCCCCGACUUCAUCGGCCGAGCCCAUUGUCGAGUCAUUGGAGACUGUUAUUCGCCGUGUAGAAAAGGAGGCCGGCCAAGCCAAUAAGCAAGAGCUUGCACCAGCUGCCUCGAAUGAAGCGAAACACGAACAACAACCUGUGAACAGUGGUGGGGGAGCAGUCAACACUUCGAGGCAGACUGAGCGAGAGCAGAACGCUACCGAAGUGUCGAACUCAACAACCAAGGUGAUGCCGACUCUGUCGGCAGCUCCUGAACGCUUGCGCCGCGGUACACAUAACAAUACGUCCCAGGUGCCAACCCGAUAUCCGCGCCGCAGUGAUACACUCGACACGACUGCCGCGGUAAUCGAUACUGGAAGCGGUGCCGGUGAAGAAAGCCUUCCAAAUGGCGCUGGGGAAACAUACAUCGUCAUCCGCGAGGCCAGUCGCGACAACAUUGACGAACUCUCCGAAGGCUCAUUCCCUCCAUUCGAUUGGAAUACAGAUAUCGACAUGUCUCCUGAGGAGUCGUGGUCGUCCGACGAGUCAUCUUCCUCAUCGCUUCGAAUGAGUCGCUACAGAAGUGUACGUCGUCGACGUCGUCCAUCGCGCCGAGGAACCAUGCCAGUUUCUCCACCACCAGUCCUCGACGUGGUUGAGAGGUCCGACGACGGUGGCGAAGGCCCUGAGGAACAAUGGAAUGCGGUCUGCGUGGUCGGUCUGCGCGUUUACUCUACACUCAGUGGGGACGGAAUCAGAUUAAAAGUUCUCACACCACGAGAAAAAGACGAUGAGGGUGAGGGAAAUAUAGAAAACGGUGACGACCCCACUGAGCGAGGGGUUGGUGGAGACGGGACUGCCGACGAGACCACGACAGCUGAAGUGAAAUUAGACCCGGACGAUAUCUCGAAGGGUGCUUUUGCGGUGGACCCAGAGAGCAAAACUUCAGAGUCUGUCGGGCGAUACCAAGCAGAUGCAGAGACUGGAAAAAAGAGCGAUGAGCUGGAAGUUGGGACUUCGUGGAACGCGCAGAAGGGGAAGAAGCCGAUAAAGUUUUGA